GUCGCUUUCAUUUCGCCGCGUGCUUCGCUCGACUGUCUGUCUGGCCCGUCUGGCUCGCGUGGAGCCGCCUCGACGUCGACUGCAUCCUUUCCAGUGCCCACGAGAAUCGAGCCCCGUCUCUGCCUGCCGAGGAAGCGACUCGACUUUGGCUAGAACUUGCUUCCCAACAGCCUGACCUCGAAGAGCAGCCAUCGGUUUUCUCUUUGUUAUCGUUUUCAAGGCGGCCAAAAUCGGAUACCGCCGACAAAAUCCACAGCGGUAGCAUCUGCGAGACCAUCGGGGGCUCCAGGCUACGAAAGACUCCUCAUCCCUCGCGCAGCCGCCGGUCGCAGCGAAGACGGAAGGCUAGCUCAGCCUUGGGAUCCCGUACUGCUACUUCGCCCGGACGCUUCGCCAGUGCUCGUCGAAUCCUGUCCAUCAGCCGGCGGACGCUCCUGUCUCCACCGCUGUGGCGAAGGAACCGGUGGGUCGCUGCGACACAGCGUCCGCACAACGGGGUCAAGGACGACCCUUGGCUGCCGCCUUCCCAGAUAACGUCCCGGUCAUCGUCGUCGUCGUCGUCACAAAGGGCAUCCGAUUAGUCGCGGCGUUCGAACGUUUCCCAUCCCGUAUUCAACGACGGUGGCACUGACGGUUCACUAGCUUCUUCCUUGGCUAAAGCCCGUAACGGUCAGAGCAACGUGUCAAAAUGCUCCAGCAAAUCCUACGGGACAUGUACAUUGACCCCCAGCUGCUGGCCGAGCUGGAUGAUGAGCAGAAGCACAUCCUCUUCUGCAAGAUGCGGGAGGAGCAAGUGCGGCGUUGGGAGCAGCGUGAAAAAGAGCUUACCCUCAACAAUAAGAAGAACGGCACCACUAGCAAUAGCAGCAAGCCUGGAAGCAAACGUGUGGACUUCCUUUUGGGUUCUGAUGGCAAGCCAUGGACUUGGGUGAUGGGUGAACAUCCUGAAGACUCCAGCAUUGAGGAGAUCCUAGAGAAGGAGACCAAGGAGAAGGCUCGCAUUCAGGCAGCCCAGGAAACGCUCCAGUUCAGAAAUCAAGAGGAGCAGACACAGAAACAACAGUGGCAGGAGCAACAGCAGCAGAGGCAGGACCAGCAGCAGCAGCAGGAGCAGCAGUGGCAACAACAGCAACAGCAACAGCAGCAGCAACAGCAGCAGCAACAACAAAUACAGCAACAGCAAAAAGAAAUAGUGGUGCUGCCAGCAACACCUUCGCCUCCACCAGAGAUACCAAAAGACUGCAUAGAGGAGGUGGUGCGGCUGCGGCGCAAAAAGAAGCCCCUGGAAGGCUGCUUCUCUCUGGAGAAGGAAGUGGCUGCCCUGCUGCAGGACUCGGUGGUUGCCACAUCGCGGGUUGCCACAGUUGAUCGCAACACAUGGCUCUCCCAGAAGCAGCAAGAAAUCAGAAAUCGGGAGGAGAGCCUGAAACAGAUGAUGGAGCAGCGGUCACAGGAGAUAUAUCAAGAGAUCAAGGCACAACAGCGCAAAAGCUUUGAAGCUGCUGAGCGCGAGAGCAUGGUCCAAGAGGAGCUUUGGAUUGAGCAAGAGAAGAAAGCAAAAGAAGUGGAGAAGCAGAUUCGCGAGAUAGCACGCAUUGCCCGUGAAGAGCACAAGAGGGCGCUGCACCUCGGCAAUGGCAAGAUGGUGUCUUCAGUUGACGUGAGAGACCCCAUGGUCGUGACAAGCCCGAACGGAAAGCCUCCUGUUCCCCCCAAAGUGGUGCCCCCACCCCUUCCUACCACGCCUCCACCAAAUCUUGUGAUAAAUGGCACUAGCAAUGGCUCCAUCAAGAAUGGCAUUACCACCAGCACCAUAAGCACAACUACCACUACCACUAUUGGGAGUCCCACCUCAGUCAUGCCUUCUCAUGCCACAUCCAGGAGCAAGGAUGCUGAGCUGUUCAGUCGGGCCGACAUAAUCCAAUGGUUCCUGAAGGAGGAGUACCCACAAGGUGCUGUGACAGACCACAAUGGCAACAACCCUGCUGUCUGGUUCCAUGGUUUCAUUGGGCGCCCAGAGUCGGAACAGCUCUUGCAGAGGCAUGGCGGGGCGGCAGCAGGUGCAUUCCUUGUGCGGGUUCAUGAGCGCAUCAAGGGCUAUGUCAUCUCGUACUGGGCUGGGGACCGCUGCAAGCACUACCUCAUUGAUGCCUCACUCGGACAUUGCCAGUUCUUUGGCUCCAAUCAACUUGUCUUUCCCCGGCUCAGGGACCUGAUAUGGCACCACACUACAAACCCGAUCACAGCUUUGGGACAAGAACAGCUGCUCGACCCUUGUCCCCGCAACAACAGCAACAACUUAUUCUCACUGCUGCCCACUCUUGGCCAGUGAAAGAACAGCUGUGAAAACCUGACUUUUCGCAACACAAGUGCCAAGCAUUGACAUUGUGACGUGACUUGACGUGGUGUGUGCGUGUGCUGUGUGCAAUCACAAGAAUGGCAAUGCAUCACCACCAGCACCACUUACCAACCGCUGUGAUUGAACCGAAGAACAGCGGAGGGGUAAUCCAAGUUGCUGCGUGCAAUUAUGCCCGCGAUGCUUCUCUUAGCUGCAACUUGUGUGAACCUGUCUCUGUCUCCAAUCCGGUUUACACGUCCAAAGAUUAAUACUAAGUGGCGCCCUGUUAUGUGGCUGGCUACAACUGCAGAGGCAAACUGCCCAUUUAUGAUAGUUUUUUUCUUACAAUUGUAAUAUACUGUACAUAACUUUAGUCAGUGCAUGUGAUCGUAGUAAGCUGUUGUUUGUACAAGCUGAAGUUGUACAUCUUUUUCCUUGCAGCUGUUGUUGUAGGUGCAAUGUGUGUUGUCUUGAAUGCCAGCAAUGCAUCCUAAUGCUACGUUGGACUCUGUAGAACAGUGUUCGAGCUUAUCAGAAUUGUGUAUUUUGUCGGCACACGUGGCUACCUAUGCAUCUUUCUUUUAGCAGAAACCCAAGUUACGUGGAAGAAAGUACUGUAAAUGAACGCGUAGGAUGGUCGCUACAGUUAUCUACUUAGAUAGCGGUCUGUGAAAAGGCAGCAGAACUGUUGGCCAGGCUACUAAUGCCAUAUAUUAUGGUGCUAUUACCAGUGAUGCUUUUUCGAGAUUCUUGGUUGGAACAUUGGCAUUGGAACCGUUUUUAGAGCUCAAGAGGUGUCCAAAACUGGCAUAUCUCCACAGAAGACUACAUCCCCAUUGUUGGUGACUUGGUCUACAGAUUCAGCACAUUGUGAUAAUGGUUAGAUCUUCAUUUAUACUUUUGUCUCCCAUAGCCUCUCGACAUACUGUGUACAUUGUUUAAUGCUUAUGACUGGCUUUAGUGCAAAGUUUCUAACACAUAGAUGACUGGCUUUCACAUAAAGUUGAUCACACAUAUACUAAAAUACAAAAUGGCAGGUUGCUGCUGCCAUUUCGAACCUUCUCUCACAUGACAGCUGUCAGUUAUUAAUCGUGUCACAAACAGCAACAUUAGGGAAGGGUUGCAGUCGUAGUGCACACAAGCAUUAAUUGACAUUGAUGAUACCAGUUAAUGCAAACUUUGUUGGAUCAUUUUAUUUCAACACGAUCAAGCUUUUGUUUUCCUGUGACUUGCCCCCAGUCUUUAAUUGCACUGGUGUCAUUGUUUUGUUUUAAGAUUAUGCAUGGUUGCACGUUUGCAGUAAAUUGUUACCUUUUUUUAAGAGCAGACAGUAUUUGUUUCGUGAACAAAUGUAUGUGUUGCUGGCUGAAAUAUGGCACAUUUCUUUUCCAUGCCAAAACAGUAAAUGCAAGACAUGGAAAGAGCUGCUGCAAGUUUGGUUCUGGUAUGUUUAACUAGGCAGGUUUUCUUGAGGUUUUGUUAGAAGCAGAGAGUUGAAUUUGGCUCGAGAAAGUGCCACCCAUAAAGCCUUCGUUCCCAGCUGGUUUGGGUUGAAAGAAAGAGGAGGAUGGGGUGCGACUCUUACUGCUGCUUCUUCACCAUUUCUAUCGAACAUACUACCAAAAUAAAUUAUUUGAACUUUUA